AUGCAGUUCAUCACCGUCGCUCUCACUCUCAUUGCCCUGGCCUCAGCCUCCCCCAUCGCCACCAAUGUCGAGAAGCCUUCCGAGCUGGAGGCGCGCCAGUUGAACUCGGUGCGCAACGAUCUCAUAUCCGGUAACGCCGCGGCCUGCCCCAGUGUCAUCUUGAUCUUUGCCAGGGCUUCGGGCGAGGUUGGCAACAUGGGUCUCAGCGCCGGCACCAACGUGGCCUCGGCGCUUGAGCGCGAGUUCCGCAACGACAUCUGGGUGCAGGGCGUGGGUGACCCGUACGACGCCGCCCUCUCGCCCAACUUCCUCCCGGCGGGGACCACGCAGGGCGCCAUCGACGAGGCGAAGCGCAUGUUCACCCUGGCCAACACCAAAUGUCCCAACGCUGCCGUUGUUGCUGGAGGAUACAGCCAGGGAACAGCAGUCAUGUUCAACGCAGUCAGCGAGAUGCCCGCUGCCGUGCAGGACCAGAUCAAGGGCGUGGUGCUGUUUGGGUACACCAAGAACCUCCAGAACCGCGGGCGGAUCCCGGAUUUCCCGACCGAAAAGACCGAGGUCUACUGCAACGCCUCCGAUGCCGUUUGCUUCGGAACCCUGUUCCUUCUGCCCGCGCACUUUCUGUAUACGACCGAGUCGUCCAUCGCGGCGCCGAACUGGCUCAUACGCCAGAUCCGCGCGGCAUAG